AUGUAUGUAGAUUGGAAGGCAGCUGGCUUUGGUAGUAGUCAAGUAGAAAGUAAUACAAAAUGGAUAAAUGAUGCAGUCAGUCAAGCAAUUUAUGUUGAAUCUGAGAAGGUCAAAUAUCCAAAUGAUGAAUGCAUGAUGCUUUGUUGA